AUUGAACGCGCCGUGAAGUAAUACUGCGCCAUCUAGUGAUCAACAUAGGACAAUACUUUCGCUUGCUUUGCAUCAUCAUUUAUCAGCUAGGUCUAGUUGUGGCAUGGCGUGAAGUUACUUGAAUACCGUUGCAUAAACGAUUUUUCUGAUUAAUUUAUGCUCUCUUCGCUUGUGAGUUUAUCAGGAAACUUUAAAAAAGAUUAUAUCUAGAUCGUCGUGACGAACUGUCCUGGUUAAUCUCGCCAUAUUUACAGAAAUCUCGCCACGCUUUAUUAGAAAGUUUGAAACAUCAUUGAUAUUUCUCGACUUCUACUCGGGUAAAUAUAAAUGUGUAAGUAGUCUGGCUUAUAUUGUUGGAAGUCAGAAGUUUUAUUAUAAACACAAGUUUAGUAUUUAAGUGUGUGUUUAUCGUCGUGGCGUAAUGGUUUUCCAUCUGGAAUUCAAAAAGUAGGUCUACAUAAGGUAAAUUUUGACCAUGUCCAGUACAGGUGUGUGCAGCCACUGUGGUUGUACAGAAAUUGACAAGGACCCAGCUAGGGGUGAUGCUGUCUGUACAAACUGUGGCUCUGUGUUGGAGGACCAGAUCAUUGUGUCCGAAAUCCAGUUUGAGGAACAUGCAACUGGGGCUUCAUCGGUCAUAGGACAAUUUGUUUCCACUGAUGGUUCUAAAUCUCAUUCACUAGGUAUCAGCUUUCCUCAUGGAAUGAAAAAGGAAUCACGAACUGUUACAUUUGAUAAUGGUCGAAAGAGGAUUCAGCAGCUCGGAGUUCAGCUGAAAUUGAACCAGCACUGUAUAGAUACAGCAUUUAACUUCUUCAAGAUGGCUGUUAACAGACGGAUGACCCAGGGCAGGAAAACGGCACACGUCAUAGCAGCGUGUCUGUACAUUGUGUGUAGAACGGAGGGCACGCCUCAUAUGCUGCUGGACUUCAGUGACCAAUUACAGAUAAAUGUUUACAGUUUAGGAAAGACCUACCUGCAGCUGUCCAGAGCUCUAUGUAUCAAUAUCCCAGCAAUAGAUCCCUGUUUAUACAUUCCAAGAUUUGCACACAAACUCGAGUUUGGAGAGAAGACCCAUGACGUUUGCAUGACUGCACUCCGACUUGUGUCUAGAAUGAAGCGAGACUGGAUGCAUACAGGGAGACGACCGUCGGGUCUCUGUGGUGCAGCACUACUCGUGGCAGCCAGAAUGCAUGAUUUUUCCAGAAGUGUUAAAAACAUAAUCAAGAUUGUCAAAGUGUGUGAUACAACUAUCCGAAAAAGGCUAACAGAGUUUAAAAACACUCCAUCAAGUCAGUUGACUAUUGAGGAAUUUCAAAACAUUGAUCUAGAAGAGGAGCAAGAUCCCCCAUCUUAUACAGAGGGCAAGGCCAAAGCACAGAAGGCAAAACAGCUUCAGAUUGAACAGACUAUGUUUCCACAAAUUGAAUCGGAAAUGUCAGAUCUACAGAAAGAAAUCGAGAAAGGUUUAAUUCCAGCAAAACCGCGUGGAAUUUGGGCAGCUUAUGCAAAUGCUUCCAGUUCACCUGAUGUAAGUGCAGAAAACUCUAGAGCCAGUUCUCCUGAUUUACCUGACACUGGGAUUAGAAAUGCUAGCAAUUUCUUAGAGAAUGAGACUCUGAAAUCCUGCCUUGAUAAAGGUGAAGUCCCUGAGGAGAAGGACAAUACCCAGGAAAACAUGAAGACAAAUAGCAAACCUUUACAGGAAACUAUUGGAAUGAUAGAUGUUGUCAAAAAGUGUGUGGAUGAAGAGGAAGGAGACGGUAAAACAGACGAUGGUGAGUUGGAUUUGACAGGGAUUGAUGACGAAGAGUUGGAGAAGCAAUUUGUAUUAACAGAAGAGGAGAUAGAACUUAAAACUGGUUUGUGGAUGGCAGAGAACAAAGACUAUCUUAUAGCUCAGAAAGAAAAAGAAGAACGACUAGCCAAAGAAAGAGAAGAGGAGGCUAAAAACCCAGAAAAGAAAAAACCUAAAAGAACCCGAAAGAAACGAGUUCCAAUUCAGGCUGCCACAGCUGAAGAGGCCAUAUUUAAACUGAUUCACGAGAAGAAAAUUUCCAACAAGAUUAACUAUGAUGUCCUCAAUGACUUGAAAUGCCAGUCAGGUCCACCAUCUGCUAUACCUGUUUCAUUCCAGCCCUCUCUUGCUUCUCCAGAAACUGAAGACAAGUCAGUGAUCAGCAGAACAAAGAAAGUCAUGCCAGCUGCUGUCAAGAGAGAAAAUGACUCCAAGUUUGAGGAACCAGAGCAGAAGAAAAUAAAGAUUGAGAAAAUGAAGACUGAGGAGACGAAUGUUGACACUGUAGAGGGCAGCACUGCUACUGUUGUUGUAGAAAAUGGCCCCGUCCAAUACAUACAGAAUCUCAGAGAGGAAGAGGUAGAUCUGGAAGAGGAGGAGGAGUUUUAUGAUGAGGAUGAACCCAUUAGUGCAGCCAAACUGCUGGGCCAUUCUGAUGUUCAAGAUUAUGAAGAUCAUGAUUUGUAUGAUGAUGACUGAUGA